UGUCCGUCUUUUCACACGUAACGAUGGCAAUAUUUGCAAGAUUGCUUCUACCGAUUAGAAUCUGAGGCCGGCUCUGUGAACCUGGACGCUGGAGAGGUGUCAUGGAGCUUUGAUGAUAUAAAACAAAUGUGAAACAAGACCUGCCUUGAGAGUUGAGCUUUCCUAAUUCAAGUCCCAUGCUGCUUGGUGUGCCAUAGAGCCAGUCUCCAAAAUGAGCUCUCCAAAGCAUUCAGAUGGGGUUUCUGGACGAGAGCAGCUCUUGGCUCAGCACAGAAUGCACAGCGUGAUCAAUUCAGCAGUGGAAAUUAAGCCAGAAGCACCAAGUGGCCUGGAGUCUGUUACACCGCUGGACCUUCGCACUGACUUCAGGAUGAUGAUGCCAGCAGUGGACACAACUGUGUGGGAGAAACAGUUACAACAAGAACUGCAGCUAAUACAAAAACAGCAGCAAAUUCAAAAACAGCUCUUGAUUACUGAAUUUCAAAAACAACAUGAAAACCUGACACGACAGCACCAAGCUCAGCUUCGAGAGCAUAUCAAGUUACAGCAGGAACUUCUCGCCGUGAAACAGCAACAGGAGCUUUUGGAGAAGGAACGCAAACUCGAGCAGCAGAGACAGGAGCAAGAAAUUGAAAGGCAUCGCAGAGAACAACAGUUUUUGAUCUUGCGAAAUAAAGACAGAAGCAGAGAAAGUGCUGUGGCCAGUACAGAAGUAAAGCAGAAACUACAAGAGUUUUUAUUAAGUAAAUCAGCCACAAAAGAUCCUCCAUCAAAUGGAACCAGCCAUUCCAUGGGCCGUCACCCAAAGCUAUGGUACACGGCAGCACAUCACACUUCUUUAGAUCAGAGUUCACCCCCACUAAGUGGAACAUCUCCAACGUAUAAGUAUAUGCUGCCGGGAACUCAAGAAGCAAAAGAUGACUUUCCUUUACGGAAGACUGCUUCAGAACCUAAUUUGAAAGUUCGGUCAAGGUUAAAACAAAAAGUAGCAGAGAGAAGAAGCAGCCCACUAUUACGAAGAAAAGAUGGAAGUGUAGUGAAUUCCUACAAAAAGAGGGCAUAUGAUAUAACAGAUACAUCGGUCAGCAGCAGUGCACCAGGCUCUGGUCCCAGCUCCCCUAACAGUGGCUCCUCUGGGAUGGGAGUAGAGAAUGGAAGUUCAGUACUACCCCAAGUCCCACACACAGAGCAUCUACUUUCACAUCAAAGAGUUCUGAAACCUGAAGAAUCAAUGACCUUAUUAAGUCUGUACACAUCCCCCUCAUUACCAAACAUUACUUUGGGACUUCCAGCGGCAUCCUCCCCAAUAAAUGCAGCCACCACUUUAAAGGAAAAACAUGUUGAUGUUGCAAUGCAAAAUAUGAGGCACGCUUUGCCAGGCCACUAUCAAGGUGGUGUUCCUCUGCCACCUGGCCUUCCUCCUGUGGCUUUGGAAGCAAAAGUAAAUAACAGUCACCAAGCGCUUCUUCAGCACCUGCUACUAAAGGAGCAAAUGCGUCAACAGAAGAUCCUUAAUAAUGUUCCAGGUGCAGUUCCUGUUCACCCUCAAUCUCCACUGACAAUGAAAGACAGACCAGUGCCCAGCAUCAGACACAAACUUCCACGUCACCGCCCUCUGAACAGAACCCAGUCAGCUCCUCUGCCACAGGGAACACUGGCACAGCUGGUCAUACAGCAACAGCAUCAGCAAUUCCUGGAAAAGCAGAAGCAAUACCAGCAACAAAUCCAAAUCAAUAAAAUGCUGUCAAAGUCUAUUGAGCAGCUGCGGCAGCCAAGCACCAAUCUGGAGGAAUCUGAGGAAGAGAAUCACAAAGAUCAGCCGAUGCAGGAGGACAAAGCUCCCCACUGUGGCAGUAUUAGGAAUCGCAACCAUAACAGCAGCUGCACAAGCUCCUCAGAAGAAGCUUUUGGAACACACGUGGCAGAUAUAAAAGUGAAAGAGGAACCACUGGACAGCGACUACGAAAGCCUAAGCAAUCAAAGUGAGGCUUCGGAGCAGACAGCAUUUAUGCAACAGCAACUGCAACUACAGGAACAUCAGCACUUUCACCCACUUCGACUGUACCCAAAUCAGUCAACUCCAGUUGGCAUGACAAAACCGGACAAACAUCAGCCUGCUUCCAGAACCCAGUCUUCUCCUACUGCAUCAAUCCCAUCACACCAGUUACCAGAACAGCCUGUCACGCACGCCUUCACUACUGGUAUAGUGUAUGAUACAAUAAUGCUUAAACAUCAAUGUAUUUGUGGCAACUACACGGAUCAUCCUGAGCACUGCGGGAGGAUACAGAGCAUCUGGUCAAGGCUGCAAGAAACUCAACUGCUUAACAGCUGUGAGCGAAUCAGGGGUCGAAAAGCCAGUUUAGAAGAAAUCCAGCUGGUUCAUUCUGAGCAUCAUUCAUUGUUAUAUGGCACCAAUCCUCUGAACAGGCAGAAGUUAGACACCAAAAAACUGCUAGGAAUUUCACCGCAGAAACAUUUCACAGUGCUUCCGUGUGGAGGACUAGGGGUGGACAGUGACACCAUUUGGAAUGAGCUCCAUUCGUCCAACACUGCACGCAUGGCCGUUGGCUGUGUCAUCGAGCUGGCUUCCAAAGUAGCCUCCCGAGAGCUGAGGAAUGGAUUUGCUGUAGUACGACCCCCAGGCCAUCAUGCUGAAGAAUCAACAGCCAUGGGAUUCUGCUUUUUUAACUCAGUGGCGAUUGCAGCAAAACACUUAAGACAAAAGUUGAACAUUAAUAAGGUUUUAAUUGUGGAUUGGGAUGUUCACCAUGGCAACGGUACACAGCAAGCUUUUUUUGGGGAUUCCAGCGUUUUAUACAUUUCCCUUCACCGAUAUGAUGAAGGGAACUUCUUCCCUGGCAGUGGUGCCCCAGACGAAUGUGGAAGUGGUCCUGGCGAAGGCUAUAAUGUAAACAUUGCUUGGACAGGUGGAUUGGAUCCUCCUAUGGGAGAUGUGGAGUACCUCAUGGCUUUCAGGACUGUUGUCAUACCCAUUGCUGCAGAGUUUAAUCCAGAUGUGGUCCUGGUGUCAGCUGGAUUUGAUGCAGUAGAAGGUCAUGACCCACCACUGGGUGGGUACAAAGUCACAGCCAAAUGCUUUGGUCACCUGACCAAGAAGCUGAUGAAGCUAGCUAACGGUCGGAUAGUCUUGGCUUUGGAAGGUGGACAUGAUCUUACUGCAAUCUGCGAUGCAUCAGAGGCCUGUGUGAACGCCCUGCUGGGAAAUGAGCUGGAAGCUAUCCCAGAGAGCAUUCUGCUAGCAAAACCAAAUGAAAAUGCUGUGGAGUCCAUCAGAAAGACAAUUGAAAUUCAAAGCAGGUACUGGAAAUCUGUUGCAAAGUAUGCAUCCACACUAAAUUUAUCUUUUGCUGAAGCUCGGAGAAAUGAAAAAGAUGAAAGUGAUACAGUAACAGCAAUGGCAUCACUCUCUGUUGAAGUUACACAGUCACAUACAAAAGAAGAUAACAGAACCGCCAUUGAGCCAAUGGAAGAAGAGCCGGCUUUGUGAAGUGCCAAGUUCUCCAAGCCAUUUCCUGUGUGUGACAUCAUUGUGUAUCCCCCUCAAGGCACCCACAGACAUGUCUUGUCUGCUGCUUGGGUGGCAUAAAUUAGAUGGAACAGACAUGUAGGGCAAAAAAGCAUUUCACUUGCUCCUCAAAUAUAUAAAAGGGGAUGAGAGGUUGUUGAUCUAAAACCGUCAUGUCCUGUAUAUGUUUAAAUUAAGGUGAUACCAUUGCACUUAAAGUGAAAUUGACCUCUUUUGGGCACCAAGUGAUUUUUUUUUGUAGCUACAGACACUUUUUUGUGUGCUUGGAAUCCUACUAUACAAUAGGUAAGGAUUGCAUUUUAGCAUGCAUUUGAAAAAAUAUUUGGUAAGCAGUUCACAAAAAGUAUUUUAUACAAAUGAAAAUGAAUCAAUCAGUUUCUGUUUUUCAUUUGACCCUUUAAAUAUCCUUAACGUUUAAAAGGUGUAAGAUGAACAUGACACAUUAAAAUAUGAAAAUUAAAGGCUUACUUUUUCCACUUUAAUUUAACAUCUUAUAAGUUUAAAUUGAGACUACUUUAUACCACCUGUGGAGUUUUCAUUAAAAGCUCAAUGCAAAAUUAAUCUAUAAAUGGUUACUUUUUUCCUUUAUAAAAUGUCACGUUGAAUAUAUGAAAAUUGUAUCUGAGGAAGUUAGACUGGGGUGCAACCUUUGACGAAAUGACAAUAUAUUAUUUUCAUUUGUCUACUGUUGUCAUUAAUGAUAAUUUAACAUACAAAGAUAACAUGUUGUUCACCAAAAUAUUUUUGAAUAUGUAAACAAGUGUCUGUUUUAGAAGCUUUGUUGUAAAAUGUUAUGGAAAAAAAGUACAACAGAACAGGAAGACAGAAUGAGAAGAAUCCAUUCAUUUUCUCUCUUUCUUCUAAAGGAGUCCUACUCGGGUGGAUAUGUGACAGAUGAAUGUCACUUUGCCUUAAUAUUAAACUGGAUAAUUCAGAUUUUAUUAGGAAUUUUUAAACUAAAAGUCUGACAUAACAUAAUAUACACUAUAAUGUUCAAUGUCUAUGUAAAAUAAUAACCAGUGGCACUUUAAGGACAUUGUAAUUUAUUACAGGCUGAAACUGAUUAUUUUAUUGCAUUUUAUUCCUAACUGUCCAGCUUUCAAGUAUUGCUUCGAAGCCAUAAGAGCACAGCAUCAAACUCUGGUUUAAUAUUUGGAAGGAAACCUUAAUUAGAACAAGCUUUUUUCUCAAAGGUUAUGAUGAUAUGAAAGAUUGAGGAAUGUGGUUUGAGUUACAGGGAACUGAAACCUGUAAAUCAAAGAUGAAAAGAUUUCAUUCAAAUAGAAUUAUAGAUUUCUCUUUUGUCAUCAAGUCAAACUUUUUUUUUUAGCAUUUGAACAUUCAAAAAGUUAAGGCUUUUUUAUAAAGAAGUUCUGUUUUAGAUAAUAAAACAAUAUUUGGGUGAUAUGUGAGUGCGGAUGCCUGGGAUCAUUUGCACCGUGCCAAAAUAUUCUAAUAGAUAUUCACACGCACACAAACACCAAUCACACAUCGACAACCUCAAAAACAUAGUUACUUGCUUGUAUUUACUCAUAUAUAACGCAUUUAUUGAUUAUAGGAAAAAAACAGCUGUCACGUUUCAGGUAAUACACAAAUAUUAUGACAUCUUUUCAUGUUUGUACUGAUAGAGUAGAAGUAAAGGAAAGUUUAAAGGACAGCUCUGCAAGUUACAUCAAACCAGGUGUCUUCUUACUAUUGUUAUUAAAACUUGCCAAAGAAACAUUUUAUUUCAUUUUCUUUGCACAAGUGUCCUAGUUACAUUAGUUUUCUCUUUUUUUUCAUUUAUUAAUUCUACUGGAGUUAAAAAAUAUUGCUCUACAGUUGAAAAACUUGAUAACAUUACAAAUCAGAAUAACUGACAGCAGUAUGUAUUUAUUUUGCCAUCUGGGUCACCAUUUUUCUCACCUUUUAAUAGUCUGAUGUUUUUUGUAAUAGCAAAUCAGGUUAAUGGUUAAAACUGUUAAAGAAAUAUUAAGUGACAAUACCUGUUUACAUGUAUUUUAUCACUUGUGUUUUUUUAGAAAAUCAAGAUGAUGUUUUGUUUUUUUUCCAUAGUUUAUUUACACCCAUCUUUUUGAUAAAUUAUGAUUGGAUUGGAUUGUGAUCAUUUAUUUAGUUAUUUCAACUCUGGUUGAUCUUUAUUUCUAUGUGUACCUUUUUCUUUUAUUUUUCAAAAGCUUUUAUAAGACAAGUUUCAUUUCUUAGCUGAGACUGUGCCUUUCACUUGAUGUGUUCCUCGUGUUUAAGGCUAGGGGUGUAUGUACAGAUUUCACUGUUCAUGUGAAGAAACUUUGUGAAAGGCUUGAAAUAGUGCACACUAGCAUACAAUGCACUCUGGAGACAUGCAGUACAGUAGUGUGGCUCAUAUUCAACACAUCUAAAAUGCUUUCUAGAAUGUACCAAAUAAUAUUGCUUGUUAUCAUUUUAGUAACUGUAUCAUGACUAUUAUUUCAAUAAAGUUACCGACAAUUAAAUUAAAAUAGUGAAGAGCUUUGUGGCAAUACCCCAGAUACUAAAAUACUGUCAUUUGCAGUCAUUUACUUUGUAUACAUGUAUGUAUACUAGAGUGAGCAAUUGAUUCAAGGCUAUUACAUUAAUUAGCACAUUACCUCAUGAAAAUUAGUUUACCCGGGAAUUCAGUCUAUUUCUAACUUGAAUAUGACUCUACAGAAGCUAUUGGUUUUAUUUUUGUUUUCUUGCCACCAAACUGCAUAAUAUAGUUCACUACCAUAGCACCCUGCCAUAAUCAAGCUGUAGAAUACCAACUACUUGUAUUUUACUUAUGAAAUUAUUCACAGAUGCACAUGUACCAAUGGAUAUGUGUGCAUGUGUAUAUCUCUUUUUGAAAUUAUCAGACAAACACUUUACUAACAUGAUUUCUAGUGGAGACAACAUGACUACUUAACAUGGAUGACAGUACAUAAAUAUUCAGAAACUCAUUAGGUGUGUUUGGUGCCAAAAACAGACAGGUUAUGCUAAAGACAGAUGUACCUGAAAAUGCUACUACUUAAACUAAAAUAGUGUUUUCUUUUUUUGACGUAAAUCGGCAACAUUAGCAAUAUUUGAGAUUUUUGAUGUAACCUAUGUUAGACUGUGCUAUACGUAACAUCUCAUUAAACCACUUCUGUGUUAACUUAAUCAGUUAAAAGUGAGAAUAAGAAUCUGGCUCAGUAAUAGGAUAUAGACUUCUUGUGGAAGAACAGCAUAACAGACAAGCCUUUUUUUUCUAAGAAAAGAGGGAAGAAAGUUGUAAAGUGGAUGACUGCAUUUUGCAUUGUUGCAUAAAGAAAGAUUUUGAAGAAGCAUAUUUCUUGUGUUCUUGGAAUAUAUCUUGCAUAAAUAUUUGUAGUAUUGUUAG